AUGUUCUCCAAAAUGUAAGUUCUGCUUAGGUUACGGUAAUUAUUAUGUUCAGGUCUCUUUCUUUUUCUUUGGUGUUCCUCUUCCAAACUGGCCUGGCACAACUUGUAUACCCGCCUUAUGUAAGUGGUGUUUGGGUCGAAUUAAUCGGAAUUUAAGGCCGUUCCAAGCCUCUACUACCCAGCAGUAGCCACCGGAUGGGUUUGGGGAAGUAACAAAGGAGGAGACCAAGAGCCGAUCCAAGGCCACAUCUCCUCACCCUUUACCAAUGGCGGUGGUCCAAUCCCUUCCCCCUUAGGAGAGGAACAGCCAAUGCCUCCAAAGAUGUCUCCUCCGAUGGCUCCACCGGCAAUGGGGCCUCCUCCUCCCCUUUCUCCAUCAACACCGGCUCCGGCUCGAGCUCCAGCGCAAUCAGUCCCUCAGGGCAGCAUGCCAGCCCCACCUCAAUUCCCACCCAUGCCCUCACCCAAGCCGGUGGACCUCAAGGAGUUCCCCAAGAUGAGUACGACUACCUCUCGGCCCCACUAA